GACAGAGCUUCAUCACAUCAUCAUCAUCUUCUCUUUGUGCUCUUCCCAUGAAAGUUAUGUUGACAUGAUGAUGUGAUCUCAAAGCAGCGCGACGGAUCGUAUUCAUCAUAUUUAUCAUCUGUUCCUUUAAUAAGCUCCACCUCUUACAGGAUAUCAUGUGACACAAAGUGGGAAACAGGUUCUUACUGUUCAGCUUCACUGGAAGGAGGCAGACAGACGGUAAGAUUUACCUUCAUUACAAAGCUGUGAUUUAAACUGAGAGAGGACAGUUACAGCAGGAAGCACUGAAGACCUGAAGUAGUGAAAUAGUUCAACUUCAACCUGCUGCUGACUGAAAAAACACGAGUCAAAGUGACUGAGAAACUUUCUACAGCAGGAAACACAACUGACUUCCUCUUUUAAUGUCUCGUCCGCUGUGUUUUACUUUGGAAUGAAACACACUCUGUUUUACAUGUGAAGCAACAGCAUUUAUUAGAAGAGGUCUGACAAAGCUCCGCCCCUCAGCUGACUCACCUGAGACAAAGCAGGAAACAGUUUAUUCUUCGUCUCUAAAGAGACACACAGACUGAAAAACAGACGAUCAGAUUCACCCUCAGACCAAACUACCAGCUUCCUCUGAGUGAGAACAGCUACAGGAGAGAGAAGUGAAAACUAGAACUCUGCUGCGUCAACCUGCUGACUCUCCACACACUGAAUCUUCACUCGGAGACAAAAUGUCUUUCAGAUCAGAGGAGGAUCUCUGCUGUCCGGUCUGUCAGGACGUCUUUAGAGAUCCUGUUGUUCUGUCAUGUAGCCACAGCUUCUGUAAAGACUGUCUGAAGAACUGGUGGAGACAGAAACAAACACGUGAGUGUCCAGUUUGUAAGAGAGGAUCUUCAAGGGAUGAACCACCUGUUAGUCUGGUGUUAAAGAACCUGUGUGAGUCCUUCUUACAGGACAGAGAUCAGAGAGCUUCAGAGGCUCUCUGCAGUCUGCACUCUGAGAAACUCAAACUCUUCUGUCUGGACCAUCAGCAGCCAGUGUGUCACAUCUGCAGAGAUUCAGAAAAACACACCAACCACAUAAUCAGACCUGUCGAUGAAGCUGCACGACAACACAAGAAGGAACUUGAGGAAACUCUGGAGCCUUUAAAGAAGAAGUUAAAGGUUUGUGAAGAAGUUAAAGUGAAGUUUGUUCAAACAGCAGAACACAUUAAGGUCCAGGCCCGACACACAGAGAGGCAGAUUAAGGAGCAGUUUAAGAAGCUUCACCAGUUUCUAGAAGAGGAAGAGGAGGCCAGGAUGGCUGCUCUGAGGGAGGAAGAGGAGCAGAAGAGUCAGAUGAUGAAGGAGAAGAUGGAGGCUCUGAGCAGAGAGAUAGCAGCUCUUUCACACACAGUCAGAGCCACAGAGGAGGAGCUGAGAGCUGAAGACGUCUCAUUCCUGCACAACUACAAGGCUGCAGUGGAAAGAGUCCAGCGCUGCCCCCUGCUGGAUGAUCCACAGCUGCUCUCAGGAGCUCUGAUAGACCAGGCCAAACACCUGGGCAACCUGACCUUCAACAUCUGGAACAACAUGAAGGAGAUGGUCUCCUACACUCCUGUCAUUCUGGAUCCAAACACUGCUUAUCUAAAAGUCAUCCUGUCUGAAGAUCUGACCAGUGUGAGAGAAGGAGAGAGACAGCAGCUUCCUGAUAAUCCAGAGAGGUUUAAUUCCUUCUGCUCUGUUCUGGGCUCUGAGGGCUUUAACUCAGGGACUCACAGCUGGGACGUUGAGGUUGGAGACAAUAGAGGCUGGUCACUGGGUGUGUUAUCAGAGCCUGUCCAGAGGAAGGGAAUCAUACAGUCUGGAUUAUGGGGAAUAUGGUUCUAUAAAGGUGAAUACUCAGCAUGGUCACCAUCAGCUCAGCCCACUGAUCUCCCAGUGAAGAAGAAGUUCCAGAGGAUCAGAGUGAAUCUGGACUGGAACAGAGGAAAUCUGUCGUUCUCUGAUCCUGAUACUAACAAACACAUACACACCUUCACACACACUUUCACUGACACACUGUUUCCAUACAUUUACACUUGGUAUAAACUCCCACUGAAGAUUUCCCCACUGAAGGUCUCUGUGACAGUGGAACAGAGCAGUUAGAGACGGCGAUGAUGAUGAUGGUUCUUAUAAUUACUGUCAUUUAUUUCUUAAUGGGAAAAGUGGCUGAAUUUAACCUCUGAAGCUUCUGUCCUGCUGCUGUCUCAUUACUCCAAAAUAUGUUCAUGUUGUUUUAGUCAAAUAUAAAAUGAUUUGACUUAUUUUCUAAUCUUUAUAGUUUAUAUCUUCAGCCUUAUUUUUUGUUUUUUAUUGAUACUGUAUCAUUUUCAAUAGUUGUUAAUGUUUUCUGAUGUUGAUGUGGAUCCAUGAAGACCAGCAGCCAAGAAUCAAUGACUGUAUGUUGAAAUUAUAGUUUUCAAACAUUAAAGGAAAAACUCACCGCUGUCAAUAUGAGGAUUUCUUUAAACUAGAUCACCUGUGUAGUAGAAAUGUGCAAUUAUUUUUGAAUUAGGUGCCCUUUGACUAUAGAAAACUAAGAACAAAUGUGUAGAUUAUUUAUACUGUUCUUAGGGGGGAAUCCUACAACAACCAGAAUGCAUUGCAGACAUCACGUCCAAUCAGACUGACUCACGAUGUGUUUACGUCCAGCAGAGCACCAAAGACAAAGAAAGCAGAGACAAAGUUAGUGAGCAGCAGCAUAACAUCUCUUUCCUGAGGCUUAUUUUCAUUUACAAAACGUUUUUCUCUGUCGAGUCUGUUUUCAAAGGAUCAUAAAACAAACAGCACGCUGGAGUCACCUACGUUAUGUGGAUCAACUUACUGAGUGCUUCGAGUAGUUUGUUUGUGUUAGUGUUAUCACAGAGAAAAUCAGCUGAUGUUUGUGUGUCAGGCCACACUCUCGUCUGA